UAAAAUACAUAAAAGGUAUGAUUUGACGUGAUUUAAUGCGCACCUGGUUUCACUCAGGAAGAACUAUUUUUAAACUGAUUAUAUAUUUCAGCGCAGUACUUCCUUGUUUGAGUUUUGUAUUGAAUAUGAAAAUGACAUGGCAUCAAUAGAAGGUAACGAUGAAGACAUAGUGUGGUCCGAUGAAACACAGAGCAUUAGAGAUGUGGUAUACUCUAGUAUGCCAGCCAUUGUGCGGGUGGCCGAAGGCUUUUAUGGAGAGAAUGAUGCAGAAUCAUUUUCAAGAGGAGAUUUGCUAAAACUUGACUUUGUGAAAAGUAUUCAAAAAGUAUUUGCAACGGUUGUGUCAUCAUGGAGCGAAGCCAUUCUGGAAGACCGAACCGGUUAUAUUCAACCAGACCGUGAAAUUAUCAUUCCACUCGGGUACAAAGGUAAGGUUGUUAUAACAAGACCACCAACCGAAUUUAAAGUGUAUACAUCUGUCACUGAACUUAUGAGAGACUUUCCACGUUAUGUAAGGGUUGAUACUCCAUUCUUUGCACAAUCAAAUCAAGAUCAAGCUAUACGUAUAGAAUCUGGCAAAAGGUUAGAAUUGGAUCGAUUUUUACCUAACCAGGGACUGAUUGCAAAAUAUGACGACGAUGUUGUAGUCCUAAACAAUAGUGUAAAAGGUCGGUUUGUUCCACUACCAGAUGAAACGGAAUACACACUGACAGAUGUGAUUGAUAAAUUGCCACUUCCACAAUUCGUAAGAUUUGUAGAAGAUGAGUUUGAAAAGGUUCUUACGACAGAUUUGCAAAGCGCUGUUGAAAACGUCCAGGCAUUUACUGGCUGUGUAAAACUUAAACGAGUAUUUAGAGAAGAAGUAGUCGUUGGACAUCAUAAACCACAACUGCCAUACAUGCCUGAAAGUUUAAGGGCUGAAAAUGAAAAGUAUGUUCAUAGAAGUAUUGUUCUGUUGCCGUUAAGCAGGGAUGCUGUCAACGAAAUUGAAGUGAAUGUACCAAUUUAUUCUGAGCCAGAUGAAUACGAACUUCUGGCAGUUCGUAAUUUUUCACAAACGUCACCAAAUAUGGAUGUUAUUGAUGGAAGUCUGUAUCUCGAAUUUGCAAAGAACCCAAGGAGUUUUUACGUGAUUGAUGACACAGAAGAAGCGACAAAGAGACCUUUGUCCAUACCUGAAGCACCUCCCCCUGUGCCGCCUCGUCCUGGUCAUCAUACAGAAGGUAUAUAUUUCUAG